UACUUCAUCAACGUCAGCAUUGGCACUCCUAAGCAGGAUGUACACGUCGUCUUCGAUACUGGCUCCUCUACUCUCUGGGUCAGAGAUCAAAUCUUCGACGUCUCCAAGUCAUCCACUGCCAAGAACCUCAACAAGACCGUCCCACUUCAGUAUAAUGAUUCUGGCAAUGCCAGUCUCACUAUCUUUAGUGACAAGAUCGAUGUUGGCGGCCUUGAGGUCAACCAAAUUUUCGGUAUCUCCAGCAACUCCUCUCUACCCGAAUCGAUCGCCGGUGUCAUUGGAUUCGGCCCUACCGACCUCAAUAUCGAGUAUGACAAUAGGCUUGUCCCUACCCCCAUGGAUUCGUUCUACCGAUCUCACCAGAUCCCCAUUGAAGUUGUCGGUGUCGACCUCAGACCCACCUUCAACAACGCCACUCAGGUGGCCAACGGAGAGGUCACUCUUGGAGGUGUUGAUUACGACAAAAUCAAGGGAAAGAUCACCUACGUCCCCAUCACCAAGGAUUCUGCUGCCAAUAAGUACUGGGGUAUUGAUGUCUCCGGUGUCAAGUAUGGCGACAAGAAGGUCUACACCGCUGCCCCCGCUAUUGUUGACACUGGCGUGCCCUUUAUUUUGGUCGCUAAUGAAAUUGCCGACGCGAUCUACUCUGAAGUCAAGGGUGCCGAGUACGAUCCAGUCACUGGGCUUUACAUCAUCCCCCACGGCGAGAUCCACAACUUGAAGGGUGUUAGCUUCACCAUUGGCGGUAGAGAUUUCACCUUGAGUCCUGCUCAGUACUUGGUCCCCACUGACGUGACCGCCAACCAUGGCGGGAACCCUGGUAUCCACUACAGCUACAUUAGCAGCUGGGGCCCUACCUCGGACAAUCCAACAAUCAUUGGCCAAAAGUUCCUGGAGAACUACUAUUCUAUCUUUGACACUACCAACAGGCGUGUUGGUCUUGCCACA